AUGGGCCAUCCAAGUAUGCAUUCAUGGGCACACUCCAUCACUCCAGGAUGGAUGACUAAGACCAAGAGCUUAGAGCCACAUAUUGACGAGCCAGGCUACGUUAAGGAGAUGCUCCAAAAAGGAGAAAACCCAAAAGAGCUUCUUUUGGAAGAAUGUAAGCCAAAAUGCACUCACUGGAAAGAAAAGCUUGAGAGAUGUGAGAAGCAAUUAGUGACGAUUAUCAAGAUUAAUCCAACUAAAUCAUGCUUGUAUCCUUUCAGAGACUACACUACUUGUGUUGAAGCUUGUGUGCAACCAGUUAUCCACAACAAUCUUGUUAUUGAGUAAUCGGCAUAGGUGAAAAUAUAAGCU